AUGCGCAGUCGCUUGGCAGCAGUGGAAGCAAAGGUUGGUAUGGGAAGCAGUGAUCCUCCUCCUGAAGGAGACAAGAACGUCGACUUCCAGGAGAGUGGGUUGGCUGGUGCCAUGGAGGACGCUGCCUUCAACAUUGGCCAAGUUCGCCGGUGGCAGGAUAACAAUGAGAACAACGCGGGCAGUCAACCAGUAAGCCAAGAGAGCAGCAAGAAAUGGUACAGUCCGAUGCCUUUCAAUGCAUGUAUCGCCGCCCUUCCUUCGAAAUCGGAUUGCGAUUGGAUUGUGGAAGCAUUUUUCCAAGACCUCAACUGGUUCUGUGGGUGCUUACACGAACCAUCGAUCACAUUGACCUAUGGCGCGUUCUGGAAGGAUGGAAAGGAGAUCCAGGAUGACAUGUUCUUAAGCGUGCUGUUUGCUAUCCUCAGCAAUUCCGCCUUUCUGCUGAGCGAUGAGCGAUUAGCAAGCGCACCUCUUGAGAUGGCCAGCAUUCGCGACUUCGCAUCUUUAUGGUUUGAUUGCAGCUUCGCCAGUUUUCAUCGCUGCGAUGGAAUGGCAGAGCCAUCGAUUGUGAGUCUGCAGGCCAUGAUUACUCUAAAUUAUGCAUUUCACCUGUCGGGCAAUUCCAAGACGCACAGAUCCAUGUUCGCGAUCAACAUUGGAACUGCAAGGGCUCUCAAUCUUCAUCUUCUUGGGAGUCAAAUAACGGGAUCGACUGAUGCGAUUAUUCUACGCGAAAUGGGCCGGAGAGCCUGGUGGACAUUGGUUGAGACCGAGUGGUAUUUCACGCCGUACCACAGAUACUCGUAUGUCGCGCCACAUCAGUUUGAUACGGCAUUACCUAGCAUAACUGAUGAUGGCUUACCUACCGCUCUGACAUCUACCAACUUUACUUCGCUCACAUAUCUUCUGUUUACCUCGCACUCGUCAAGAAUACUAUACGAUCUAUAUGGGACCCUGCAGCCAUACCAAAAUCCAUCCUAUGAUGCCGUCCUCAAGGCAUCAAGUCAACUAGAUGACCUUUACGCUUCAUUUUCUCAGCUCCGGGUCGAGGACUCGUCCCCGUCGACUACUCUCUUCGCCAUACGAAUAAUCGGUAUGUCUUUGGCAUACAGAUCAUAUUUAGUGCAUCGUGCAUACUUUGUCAAGUCUCUGAGUGAUAAAUCAUUUGCGCAAACCCACAACGCUUGUGUCGACGCAGCUCGCACGAUUCUAAGCCUGUUUGAUGAGGGAAUACCGAGCACCUUUUUCCGCCUUUGGAACGUGACAAUUUGGCUCGUUGCCGCUGGGCUUAUCAUGGCGCUUGAUCUUGUCAAAGCAAGUAGUGAUAGACGCACACCUGAGGAUGCUCUGGCUCGGCGCAGUCGAUUGAUCACACUGGUAAGACUCUUGUCAACAGUGGCAGACCAGUCAGGGAUAGGCAUUCGGGGAGCAAAGUUGAUCCGACACCUCUACUCAAUGGAGAAUGAUAUCAUAGCUGGUCGUCGGCCGUCGUUGGCCGGCAUAACCAAACAAGAAAUUGUCCGUCUAGUUCAAUCUUGCCGCCGCUCAGGUGCUGAGGAGGAUUCAGGCGAGGCCGCAUCCCCAGUUGAGCAACCUGCUGAGGAUUUCGCAGCUUACGCUACCGGGAACUCCAAUAGUGAGGAUGGUGUGGACCUUGACACUGAAAAUAUGGACGAAUUCAUGUUUUUGCCAUCGUCAUGGGCCGGGAACGACGAACUAGAUACGAUGCACCUAUCUUUCAACAUUGAAGGGACGGAGAUGACGGAGAGAGAUCACUUUCUAGAUUUCUUUGCCGAUCUUCAUCCUUGA